AUGAAGUGUUAUUAUGGCCAAAAGGCAGACGAAGAACAGCCUCCAGUGUCGGCCACCAGUUCUUCGGCCACGCCGCAGCCAUCAGAAGAUGUCCACGAAGAAAAGGAAUCGUUUCUCGAAGGUCCGGAGGCCAUUGUUCCCUCUAGCCCCGCGAAACCGAGAAAACCUUCGCUGCAAUCUAUCAAAAGUCCCCAAGAUACACUCACGACGAUGCCUAUUUCUUCCCCAGAGAGCACGACGGCAAUGCUGCGUCUCAGCCUUGCUGCAGAGGCAGACUCUCGCUCGCUUCUCCUCAAUGACGGCAAAGAAUUCCCCAUCAUCCAAUCUACCUAUGUGUCACCCACCAUGCAUAUAUUGGAUCCCUAUUCUUACAAACUCCCGUCUUUGGCCGAUUCGCGCGAAGCACCUACCCCGAGUAGCCAGGCACUUGCGCACUGCAGAUACCCAGUCCUGCAAUACUUGUCACCGUUUUUGGAUCGAGAAUUCAGCUCGAAUCUGGCAUGCGAUCUUCUUGACACCUACUUCUCAAGCAGCUUCUCCAGUCGAAUGCACCCAACCUGUCAUCACAUCCACAACUUCAUUCUUCGUAAAUGUGAUGUUCUCGACCCAUUGCAUCCUCGGAAAACCCAUCCAGCCUUGCUUGGAAGUAUGCUCUUUGUUGCGGCGUUGAGCGACAAGGCUCUGGGGCUCUUCAGUGGACCCCAAGAGCGCGACCGUGUUUGUAAAUACCUCAGUCUUCUGACUUAUCGGCUCUUGAAUCCUUCCAGGUACGAACCACUUCUCAGCCAGGAAGAUCUAGGUCUUCCGCCAGCUUUUCCACCAGAUUCAGGCUGGACGAACGAGGAUCUGCAGCGGGCAUUUGAUCCUCAACAACUCUCCGACGGUUUUCCUGUGGCUUGGGGCACCGAUUACAUUAUUGCGCUCAUUCACGUCUCUUCCGUCAUUUCCGGCUCGGAGAAGAAAGCAGCAUCGAUCAGAUGGUGGUCGGUUGCCUUCAGUCUUGCAAGAGAUCUCAAGCUCAACCAAGAAGUUGAGUCUUACGUCGUGCAGCAAGACCACGGCAGCACUCAUCCGAAUGUGAAUUGCAAAUGUUCGCUGGGUCAGGAUAUUUCCGAAGACUGCAUUGGAGAAGUACACCGCGAGGAAAGGCGGCGGACGUGGUACAUGUUGUUUCUCAUGGACAGGCAUCUCGCUCUGUGCUACAAUCACUCCCUGACUCUACUCGAGGCCGAAUGCAAGGAUCUACUAUUGCCGUUGGACGAUGUGACUUGGCAGUCUGGUGCACAACCACACAGCCAUGGUACUCGUGCUGAUGGACCAAGAUGCAUGCUGAUGCCAGCCGGUACUGGUCGACGCCAUGGACCUCCGCGAUUGUGCUCUGGCCCUGGCAUCUUUGAAUUCUUCCUCCCACUUAUGACCAUCACCGGACACUUGCUGGAUUACAAUCGGGCCAAAAGCAAUCCUGUCCUUGCCUCUGCAGGCUCUGCGAUAUGGGGAUCCCAAGAGCGCAGGAUACUCGACGAACUAGACCAGUACCAAGAAAGUCUCGACCAGCUCACCUCGAGACCUGUCCUCGAUAAUACGUCGGAGCGAGAAUCUUUGUGGGAGACGUCUCCUGCCCCCCCUACGGAUGAUAGUGAAGCCAACUACAUUACCAACACAUUCUCUGCUUAUGCGACUCACAUUUGUUUUGUCCUGAAAAUUCUGGUUGGGAGUAAGUGGGAUCCUGUUUCAUUGUUCAACGACGACGACUUCUUCACCUCAUCCGAAUCAUUCAAGAGCUCCAUGUCGCAUACGAUGAUGGCCGCUCAAUGUGUGACUCGAAUCAUCGAACACGACCCCGACAUCAGUUUCAUGCCGUACUUUUUUGGUAUUCAGCUACUCCACGGCAGCCUUCUGCUACUGCUGGUUGCAUAUCGUUUGCAAGCAGAUUCUGGCACCGCCAUCUUGGCUGCGUGCGAAGCCGUCAUCCGCGCCACGGAAGCGUGCUUUGUGACUCUACCAACAGACUAUCAACGUCAAUUCCGGAACGUCAUGCGAUCUGCUAUUGCCCUGGCCAAAGGCAGGAUGAACAAUCCCAUCGAUACGGAGAAGCAGUUGACGUUUGUCCUAGCAAGAUACAGGUGGUCCAGAAAUGGGGCGGGGCUCGCUCGUUGAAUUUAAUAAGAUCGGUAAAGUAGUUGCUUGUUUGUUGAAAGUCUAGAACGCAUUGGACAAGGUUCCGUGAGCUAUUCUUAUGCGCGGGUUGUACAAGCCUGUCAUGGAAUAUCGACCGUGCCGAUUCCGGCAAGCCAUGGCAUGGAACUAGAGGAAUGUCCCGGCGGGUCGAGCCUUGUAUCUCG